AUGAAUGUUGGUGGGGGUGCUCACCGGCACUUCAUCAUGGUUCCUAUCAACGACGACAUGUCCUGGAGUAGCUAUGUCAAGGCAGUUUUCAAUGGGACUGAGUGGAAUUGUCUGGAGAUUUAUGUUCAAGCAGAAAGGCGUUCCUCUGCAGAGGCCAUUUCCUCAGAGCCGGUACUAGUGGCUACUGAACCAGCGGAGGAUGUACAAUACCAAAAUGCCCAGCCUCAACAUCAGGGUUCUUUUGCUGUUCCUUCGAUGGAGACUGUCAGUCCCCCAAAUGAGCGUUCUCAGUGUGCUCAGCUACAAAAGCCUAGAAGGAGCACAGGACCUAUGCAUACAAUGUUGGUCAGUUUGCAGAUGCAGAGGUUCAGUCUGGUCAAGAAUAUAACUGAGCUCAAUCCUCGUACUCGUGAGUCUCUUCGGUUUGACAAAAGGUGGAGACUCGAGACUCACACCUUUCACAUGCCCUGUGGUGAGGUCACAAUCACACUACAGGAUGUUGCAAUGAUUCUUGGACUUCCUAUUGCUGGUUGUGUUGUUGCUGUAAACCCAAUGAAGUCCCAGAAUGAAUUUGUUGAGUUAUACCUUGGCAAGACACCGCCUCCACUGGAUAGGCCCUGUCCUGGGUUGAGGGUUUCAUGGGUCGUCAGGGCUGAGUUUAAUAACUUUCCAGAAGAUGCUGAUGGAGAGACUGUCAAACAGCAUGCCAGAUGCUAUGAGCACUUCACAAAUGAGUUUGACUUGUUAACAAAUGACCAGGUUGUGUGGUGCCCAUACAGGGAGGAGGAGGAUCGGGUGAAGGAAAUGCAGCUUGCCCCUAUAUGUACCCAGGAUUCUAAUUUAUGGUUAACCCAGGCACCUCUAAUCUAUAUUUCUAUAUGGUGGAGUGGAGGUUUACACACCUGA